AUGGAUGAUAUUGCACAUACCUCGCAACCCCAGAAACUAGCUCAACAAACAAUGUGGGCUUUGGACCCUGAACAUCAGCUAUUAUCAAUUGUCACAUUCUCUCCGAGUCUCAUAUUCAUCAUUUCCACCACGAUUUUCUUCGAUCUCGAAUUGUUUGAGGGAAUACUAGAAGCAAUAUCGUGGAAAAACUGGGGCCCUUUGAAUGCUCGUGUAUUCCAGACACCGAGCCGUUACAAUAUUUCCGUUGGUGGAAAUCGAGUCUUGUUGGCAUUUCCUGCAGAUGACACGACUGGCAUCUGGCAUUACCCCCAAAAGUAUAGAUUGUGUGUGAUGGAUUUCAGCCCGUUAGCUGUUGAGCGUCGACAAGGUCUAGGACGAGUCGUGAAAGAGCCAUCUACGAUAGAAAUCACAGAGUCACGGACGGGGGAGAGCUUCAAGUUGGCGCAGAGCUUAACAACAUCCCUGCCAUACGUCGAGGUUAUGUUGGACCAAGACAGAACAUUCGGAUAUCGUGGUUUUGAAAGGAUAUGGAUUGAUGCGGACAGAAUUUAUUUUUAUCAUGGAUCGAAUCAGCUCGAGGUCAUUGAGGUAACGUCAAGGGCUGCAGUUGCAGCAAAGCAUAUUACAUCGUCAAACUAG